AUGAAUUUCGAGAAGUUCUAUCGCAUCUUAAUUUUUCUUGGUUUGAUUGAGUUCUUCCUUCAACUAUCCAUCGGGGAGUUGAAUGAAGAGAGAGAAGCGUCCAUCCUCGGGAUGAUGUUAGAAAAACACAUCUUCAAGAAGAUUACCGGAGCUGUUUUCGGUGAUGUGUGUUUGCGGGAUUGUUAUCGCGACGUCAGAUGUCAAAGCUUUAACUACGUCUUCACCCAAGAUAUGUGUGAAUUAAGCAACCGCACAAAAGAGGCCAGACCUGAAGAUUUUAUACCAAACUCUGAGAGGUACUAUUUCAGGCGAGACAAGAAUAGAGGUGAGUAGACUAGGUGCUUUCGUCCCACUUUGGAGCUAUCCAUUUAGUCUCAUUCUCUACAGAUUUUCAUUUGAUUUAUUUACUUUUCCAGUGUUAUUCGCUUUAAAAGUGAUUUUUUUUAAUACCAGUCUCUCUCGGUUCCAUACCUGAUCUGCCCGCAAAAUCAUGUAAGGAAAUUAAUAAUAGUGAAGAAGGAAGAGCAGUCAGCGGCAAAUACUGGUUGGAUUUCAGCAUACUCGAGAUACCUGUGUUGGCUUAUUGUCACAUGGAGACCGAAGGUAAGACGUGCAGGUUCUAAUCCAGGGGAUGAAUGCUUAUUGCACUGACAUAUUCUCUGCAAAUUUCCACAUCUUUCGAGAAUUUUCAAAAGCCGGAAAUAUUCACCUCAGAUUGCUUUUUCAAAAUGUUUCAAAACUAAAAGCGAAAAAAAUCAUUGUAAAGAUAUUUAAGGCUAAAAAGAACGCAGCUGCACCGUUUAAAACACAAGAGAUCUUCACCACAUGUUGUGAACAAGCUAUUUACAUGUUUUUUAAUGUUCGAUGUUGAUUUGGUAUUUUGUGAUCUGAGUUUUACGUGCAGCUGAUUUAUCUUGGUUGAGAAAUGCCUGAUUUAAAAACCUCAAAAAUAAACGGAUGGUCUUGUGUCGACUAUGGACACGAAAUUUUCGCCUCCUGUAAAUAUCUCACGAAAAUAAAUUCAUAAAUUUCGUAUCCGCAGACAUCUAACAUCUUUUAUUCAAAUGCUACCAAUUAGAUAUAACAGUCACUAUGGACCAAUAACGCCACGCUGCCUAAAACAUUUUAAAAAAAGCUUCAAAGAUCAAGCUGAUUGCUUAAUAUUGAGUUCUGGAAAAGUUGAUGAAGAAAAAAAAAUCGCGUACAUACCUCCUUAUCAGCGGAAAAUGUUUGAACUCAGCCCUAGUCCCGAUUCGGCAAUUCCAUGUACACGACUUCUUAUCAAGAACACGAGGAUAAAAGGUGUCAGACAAUAUUUUCAAUCGACAUUCAUCAGGUCAAUUUGAGGUGAAAUAUUAACCUGUUGGACCGAAAUUGUUGAACAACAAAGAGAGUCAGGAUCAUUGUAACAAACUAAAAGUGCGCCCCAAUAGACUUACUUAAACUACUCGAUAAUUCUUUUGUUUGGUUGGUUCCAUAUUAAAUAGUCGUUCAUUUGAACAAGUUUUCCAUGGAAAUUAUUUUGAAUGAACAAGGUAGCAACGAAGUCAAAAUACACAAUUUUUGAUAGAAACCUGACCUUGGCGUGGUCAAAAUUAGAAUCCCAAAUUAAAGAACUGCUGAUGUUCUCGGUGCAGCAAUUGCUUGAUCUGGAAAAUUUGGAGAGAAAGGGCGCAUAAAAAUUUUGGAGUGGUUGAAAACUCAUCAGUAAUUUAUCAGCAAAACAUUUAUUCAUCUCCUCUCAAUAAAUUUGGUUUUGUCUUGGCAGUCAUUAUCAAUGCGUUAUUUAUAUUCCCUAACAGUUCAAGUACAGUCAUUUGUGACCGUUUCAAGUUCAUGCGCCAACUCUUCGACUGUUCUUUCCGGUUCGAGUGGCAUACUGUAUUCAAACAAAGCUCAGCACUACUCUAACCAUAUGAAUUGCAGUUGGAGUCUCCUUUCGGACAACAACAUUAUGCUUACAUUCUUCAAAUUCGACACUGAGUGGUGGUACGACUUCGUAAACGUGUACGAUGGCAGAUCUACAUCAUCUCCAUUGAUUGGGCGAUAUCAUGGAACCUCUCUGCCUCCAGUCGUUACAAGUUCAUCAAACCAACUCUUCAUCACUUUUACAAGUGACCUCAGCGUCAGGAAACCAGGGUUUGGGGCAAGUUACCGUGGUAAGCGUAAUUUUUAACGCCAAAAAAAUUGCCACUUUAUAUUUUUCCGUCGGUCGUAGUUUAUGCUUUAGAAUGUUUACGAAGCCUGGAUAUGCAAUUCAAUUCAGCAGUCCAGCUAACAUGAGCUAUCUAAAUCUGCUCUCUUCGUAUCAAGGACCGCUUAAAUGUUAAAAGGGGACUAUAUUCAUAUCUGUCCUUGGGCGUUGUCAAAGAAUAUCCAAUCGAUUUGGCAAGAACGAUUACAACCUUCAGUUUCAAACUCUUCCUAACUUUUUUUUUCGCUGUGAUUCAGUUGUAAACGAGAUCCGCCUUAUUGGUAACACGUCAUUAACUGGGAAGGGUGAAAGUUUUCGCUGA